AUGGAUGGCGUAGUGACCAACGGCUCGAAUGAAGCGCCUCCGGGACCUCCCCCGGAUCCUAUCGAGCGCCCACCGACUCCGCCCCCUCCACCUCCAGAGGACGCCGCCGCCGCUCCGCCGCCGCCGCCAGAUGCUGGAGCACCUCCACCACCUCCAGAAGAUGCGCUACCGGCACCGCCCGAAGAGCCGAAGAAAAAGAAGUCGGGAUGGGGAGUGAAGAAACCAGCUGCAACUCCAUUGAGUGUAGAGGACCUCAUUCGAAAGAAGAAAGAAGCUGAUGCAGCUGCCGCAAAGCCAAAAUUUCUAUCUAAAGCUCAGCGUGAGAAACUUGCCCUAGAAAAACGAGCUAAAGACGUUGAGGCUGAACGACAAGCCAAGGCAUUCGCCAACGGUGCUGCUGAUCGCAAGUUCGAUUUAUCAAACCCUCCGGUUUCACGGCCUGAAGAACCAAGCAACGAUCGCAGGGGCACAAAGGCUAGAGUCCCUACGGGGCCACGGGCAAUGCGUGGGGAUGUUCCAACGGGACCUGCCUCUAUGCGAUCUCGAAACAAUGAUAUGGACCCUCCUCCGAAACCAAAAAAUAAGGGCGAGAAACGUCUUACCGAAGAGGAAGAAGUUGCUGCGCAGGCGCAACUAGUCAAGCAACGAUAUAUGGGUGCGGAUCAGACUUCGAACUUUUCCGCAAAGAAAAAGCGCAAGCGUACCACGGACAGAAAGUUCAACUUCGAAUGGAAUACUGAAGAGGACACCAGUGGAGACUACAACCCGCUAUACCAGCACAGACAUGAGGCGAAUUUCUUUGGUCGUGGCCGGCUCGCAGGUUUCGGGGAGGAUGUUGCAGACAACAUGGCUCGCAAAUAUGCACAAGCUUUGGAAACUCGUGAUCAGGAAUCGGGUGGCCUACGUGCCCAGGAGAUCUUGGAUAUGGAGCGCCGCCGCCGAGAGGAGAGUACGCGCAACCAACUCGACAAGCACUGGAGCGAGAAGCGCCUGGAUCAUAUGCGCGAACGAGACUGGCGUAUCUUCAAGGAAGAUUUCAAUAUCAGUACAAAGGGUGGCAGCGUUCCCAACCCGAUGCGAUCAUGGGAUGAGAGCCAGUUGCCGAAGCGCCUAUUGGAGCUGAUCGACCGUGUUGGAUACAAAGAGCCGACGCCUAUUCAACGUGCUUCUAUUCCGAUUGCUCUACAAUCGCGUGAUCUUAUCGGUGUUGCUGUCACAGGUUCCGGUAAAACAGCGGCAUUCUUACUUCCUCUCUUAGUCUAUAUCUCGGAGCUUCCUCGUCUAGAUGAGUUUGAAUGGCGCAAGAAUGAUGGCCCAUAUGCAAUUGUUCUCGCGCCCACGCGUGAAUUGGCGCAACAGAUUGAGAUUGAAGCCAAAAAGUUCACUCAGCCCCUCGGUUUCAAUGUCGUGAGUAUCGUUGGUGGUCAUUCGCUCGAGGAACAAGCAUACAGUCUGCGCGAUGGUGCGGAAAUCAUCAUCGCCACUCCUGGUCGUCUUGUUGACUGUAUCGAACGCCGCAUGCUGGUUCUCAGUCAAUGCUGCUACGUUAUUAUGGACGAAGCUGACCGAAUGAUCGACUUGGGUUUCGAAGAGCCUGUUAAUAAGAUUCUCGAUGCUCUCCCUGUCACAAAUGAGAAACCGGAUACCGAGGAGGCCGAGAACCCACGUGCUAUGAGCCAACAUCUCGGUGGUCGUGACCGUUAUCGCCAAACAAUGAUGUACACGGCUACGAUGCCUGCUGCUGUCGAGCGCAUUGCACGAAAGUACCUGCGCCGCCCUGCCAUCAUCACCAUUGGUGGUGUUGGCGAAGCCGUCGAUACUGUGGAGCAACGUGUCGAGAUGAUUCCUGGCGAAGAUAAGCGGAAGAAGAGAUUGGCUGAGAUCCUCUCCUCAGGCGAUUUCCGACCUCCAAUCAUCGUCUUUGUCAACAUUAAGCGCAACUGCGAUGCCAUUGCUCGUGAAAUCAAACACAUGGGCUUUUCCUCUGUUACAUUGCACGGUUCCAAGACCCAAGAACAGCGUGAAGCUGCCCUCGCUUCCGUUCGCAGCGGUGCUACAGAUGUCCUGGUUGCCACUGAUCUUGCUGGUCGAGGUAUUGACGUGCCAGACGUCUCCCUUGUCGUCAACUUCAAUAUGGCCACUUCUAUUGAAAGCUAUACCCACCGUAUCGGUCGUACAGGUCGUGCAGGCAAGAGUGGUGUUGCCAUUACGUUCUUGGGUGGCGAGGAUUCUGAUGUUAUGUAUGAUCUCAAGCAAAUGCUCAUCAAGUCACCCAUCUCACGGGUCCCCGAAGAACUACGCAAACACGAAGCCGCCCAGUCGAAGCCAUCGCGCGGUCAAGGCAAGAAGAUCGAGGACAGCUCUGGAUUCGGAGGGAAAGGCGGGUGGGCAUAG